AGAUAGCCCACAGCCAUUGCCCAAAUCGUCUUCCUCUUCUUCUUCUUCUUCCUUCCUUCCGAUUUCUCAAUCCAAAUCUCCCCAGUCUGUUCCGUCGGAGCUCAGACGGCGGCGGCGGCCAUGGACAACGACAGCAAGCUUAAACAGCCAUUUCUGGUGAACGAAGAAGACGACGACGACGACAACGAAGACGAAGGCCAGGAUCUGGUCCCGGACCUCCUGGCCCCGCUCUACUCGUUCCAGAAACUCUCCAACUUCUCCUUCUUCUCCUCGUUCGUCGCCGACGAAGACGACAUUCCUCCGAUCGAAUCCUUCCGCGGGUUCCUCACCGCCUUCCGCGACGAAUCCGGGAAGCUCUGGUUCCUCGCCGGCCCGGCCAUGUUCACCUCCGUCUGCCAGUACUCCCUCGGCGCCUUCACCCAGACCUUCGCCGGUCACGUCGGAACACUAGAACUCGCCGCCUUCUCCAUCGAGAACUCCGUCAUCGCCGGCCUCUCCCUCGGCGUUCUGCUGGGAAUGGGCAGCGCCGUCGAGACUCUCUGCGGGCAGGCGUUCGGCGCCGGGCAGCUGGACAUGCUCGGAGUUUACCUACAGCGGUCGUGGAUCAUCCUCCUCGCCACGUCAGUUCUGAUGACGUCACUCUACGUCUUCGCCUGGCCGUUCCUGCUGCUGAUCGGCCAGACGGCGGCGAUCUCACGCGCCGCCGGGAAGUUCGCCCUGUGGAUGAUCCCUCAGCUGUUCGCCUACGCGCUGAAUUUUCCGACGAUGAAGUUCCUCCAGGCGCAGAGCAAGAUAAUGGCGAUGGCGUGGAUCUCCGGCGCCGCGCUGGGGCUGCACCUCCUCUUCAGCUGGCUGCUGAUGCUGAAGCUCCGGUGGGGCAUGGCCGCCGGCGCCGCCGUCCUCGACGCGUCGUGGUGGUUCAUCGUUAUCGCACAGCUCAUCUACAUGUUUAGCGGCACGUGCGGGAAGGCGUGGCCGGGUUUUACUCAUAAGGCAUUUUCGAACCUUUGGAGUUUUGUCCGACUCUCGCUUGCUUCAGCUGUCAUGAUGUGCUUGGAAACUUGGUAUUUCAUGGCGUUGAUUCUCUUUGCUGGAUAUUUGAAGGAUGCAGAAGUUGCUGUUUCCGCCAUUUCCAUCUGCACAAACAUACUUGGCUGGACUAACACAGUUGCCCUCGGAUUCAAUGCAGCCAUUAGCGUCCGAGUGUCGAAUGAAUUAGGCGCAUCUCAUCCGCGAACCGCGAAAUUUUCCGUAGUGGUGAUGGUGAUCUCGGCUUUCUUUAUUGGCGUCGUCGUCUCCAUCUUCCUCCUCACGUUCCAAAACGAGUACCCAGACUUGUUCACCGAUAGUUUAGCUGUAAAAAAAGUCAUCUACGAGCUUACGCCGUUGCUCGCUUUCUCUGUAGUCGUGAACAGCAUCCAACCGGCCUUAUCUGGCGUGGCGAUCGGGGCCGGAUGGCAAGCAUUGAUAGCCUACGUAAACAUCGGGUGUUACUACGCCUUCGGCGUCCCAUUGGGCCUGUUUUUGGGCUACACACUCAACAUGGGCGUCAAAGGAAUUUGGUAUGGAAUGGUUACGGGAACUGUUGUCCAAACUCUAAUCCUCUUCUGGAUUGUCUACAGAACCGAUUGGAAUAAAGAGGCAUCAAUUGCAGUAAAAAGAAUCAAAUAUUGGAGAGGGGAGACAGAAAAUGCAAAGGCUAAGGAUGUCGAGCAAACACAAAAUCUCCCGACUGUCGAAGAAAUUAAUUGACAUUAUUGUUAUUAUUAUUAUUACUGUAAUGAGGUUUUGAUUGGUACAGUUUCCGGUGUCUGUCGGCAUGAAUUUUUUAUUUGAAAAUACCACUGUGGAUUUCUGAGAAGAUAUGUCCGGGUUUGGAUUUUGAUUCGAGAUUUAAAUAGUAAAAAUUUUGAAUUUAAAUA